CGGAGUGAGCCGGUCGCGCCCAAUACGUCACGACGGGCGGAGGAGAGGAGGAAGCGGGUGCGGACGUUGCUGACUGGGGAGCACGGGCUCCUUCCGUGCCUGACAGUAUGAGGGAGAGGCGGGAGUGAUGCGGGGGCUUUAUACGCUGGUGACAUGGUUAGACGGUUUCCCUGGAUGGCAUGUUGACGUGUAUCGAACAUCGCUUAAAACGGUGUCUGAUACAAAGGGGACUGCUCUAAAACAGGGAAAACUCAACAUGGGACAGUGUGUGACUAAGUGUAAGAAUCCUUCAUCCACACUAGGCAGUAAAAAUGGUGACAGGGAAUCUAAUAAGCAACAUAAGAGAAGCUCUAGCCACAGAGAAGAAUACACAUCUCUCCGAUCCAUCAGCGGGAAGGCCUCGGGUGACAUUCUGGUCAACGGAACAAAGAAAACGGACUCUGCAACAGAACCAAGUCAGCCUCCAGCAUCGCUGAGUGACACUAAUAAAAAGGAACUUGGUGCGGGGGCAGAAAUGUCUUCUGUACAGCGAAUAGAGGAGUUAUUUAAGAGGUAUAAGGACGAGAGAGAAGAUGCCAUCUUGGAAGAAGGCAUGGAACGGUUUUGCAAUGAUCUCUGUGUGGAUCCUACAGAAUUUAGAGUGCUAGUUUUGGCUUGGAAAUUCCAGGCUGCUACCAUGUGCAAGUUUACUAGGAGGGAGUUUUUUGAUGGGAUUAAAGCAAUAGACGCAGACAGUAUUGAAGGAAUUUGCUCCAAAUUCCCCAGCCUGUUAGCAGAAGCUAAACAGGAGGAUAAGUUUAAGGAUUUGUAUCGCUUCACUUUUCAGUUUGGCCUGGACUCUGAGGAAGGCCAGAGGUCUCUACACCGGGAAAUAGCCAUUGCUCUAUGGAAGUUAGUUUUCACACAAAAUAAACCCCUUGUUUUGGAUCAGUGGUUAGAUUUCCUAAUUGAGAACCCCUCAGGAAUAAAAGGAAUCUCCCGGGACACUUGGAAUAUGUUCCUAAACUUUACUCAGGUGAUUGGCCCAGACCUCAGCAACUACAGCGAGGACGAAGCGUGGCCUAGUCUCUUCGACACUUUUGUGGAGUGGGAAAUGGAGCGACGGAAAAAGGAAGAUGAAACCAAAUGUAUGAAAUCUUCAGGCACAGACUAUCUGAGUAUAGACGAGCAGACUUAGCAUGUUUGCAUCAGACACAAGCUUUUUGCCGGUCAUUAAAUGAAAACUCUGAACCUUUUAUGGAAAUUCAGACAAGAAUCCAGUUUGUUGUUUUUUUGUUUUUAUGAACACCUUUUUCUGCCUUGUAAUUGAAAGGGCUCUAAAUGCUGGUAAUGUGUUUCAGGCACUUUCUUACCAUGGGUUAUUAAUAUUUUUUUAACUCCACUUUCCUCCUCUUGUGCGAGAAAGGCUUUCAUCUUUGUACUUUUUUUUUGGCACUAAAAGAUUUAAUAUGGCACCUUGGAAAAAAACAAAAUAGGUAAAAUACCGUUGGGUAUGAUUUUUUAAAUGUACCCCAGUUCUUCAUGAUCAUUAGUUUAGCCUCAUGUUACCUUUUAAAGUCUCUGCUUAAGUCUAACCCCCUUAGUAACAAUAUGCCCUGCAAUACUUUGCAUACCUACAUAUGGGUUUAAGUCACGCCAGCAUAGUUGAAAAAUGUUUGUUAUAAAGACCAUUUUAAAUCUGUCAUCUGCUUUUUUUAACAGCCUUUUUACCUUGUUAAACAUAUUUGUUUUUUUGUCUCUUGUUUUCUUGGAUUUCCCUGCUAAUAGAUUCUGCUUCUUCAACACUUUCCCCAUCACGGAUCACCUCAAACAUACCGCUCAACCCAAUUAACUUUAUUCAGAUGCACCAAACAUAACACUAUAUACAAGAAUUCUCCCCCCGGUGCACCAUUUAGUUGGAGAAACUUGCUUCAUUUUCAGGGAAACAUUGUUUGAAGGCACUCAAGCAAUAGGGGAUUUUUUUUAGGAAACAGAAAUGUCUACCAGGGAAGUGCACAAAGAAAUGUGGCCGCUCCAAAGAGUGGCAAAAAAAAAAAAGUUAAAAAUAACAAAUAUAAAUCAGAAACACUUAUUUGAUAAGUCUCUUGAAAACCCCAACUUUGCUGAUUGUGCCCCUAUAAAAAAUACACUGUUCUUGAUAAGUGCCAGGGUCAUAUUUUGGAUCCGCCUUGUAUCACGUGUAGUGGUGUUUACAUUGGAUUUUAUGAGUUGUAACUGUUCGUGGGGAGGGGGUUGGGUAGUUUAUCUCUGAAAAUAUCCAAGCAUUAAGCAUAUGAGAAUUCAUUUCUGUUUAAAGACUUCUACAAGAAAAGAUUGACAGUUGUUAUAUUAAAAUAUAUUCCAUUAACAUAUUGGCACACUGCCAUUGUGAACAUAAAGAGUAAUUACCCUGAUCUUCAGUUUUGUUUUUCAAAAUGGUCAAUUGAUGUCAAAGUACAUUUGCUGUGAUUACCCAAACAAGUAAACAUGAAGGACCACAAGUGUGAUUAGUUUAAAUCAUAUUGGACCAGGAUAAUAGUUCUUUUAGGCUGUGAUGUGCUUUUUGUUUUAUUAUUGAACAAUUUAAUUUAUAUUUAUUUAAAAAGCAGGUCGGUCUCUGCUUUGUGUGUACUAUUGGUACAAAGCUACUUGAAUGAAUGUGUACGGCAGUUUUUGUAGUCCAUCAAAAGAUAGUUUCCUAAUUUUUUUACAGUAAAUGAAUGUUUUAUGUUACUAUUAAACCACUCAAUAGAUUGAAAGAAAGCAGUGCUACCUCAGUUUUCUGGAUUUGUUCACCCUUUAGUUAGGACUUAAAAUUAUUUAGCAUUAGCAAAGCAUUAACAUUAAACAACGCUAAAGGAAAACUGUGGUAUGUCAUACUGUUUGUUACGAAAAUGUAUUUGUUUGCAGACCAAAAUCAGAAGGUAUUAUUCAAAGAAAUUGUGACAGGGUAAAUGUAAAUAUUUUUUUAUUUUAAGCCUCUUGGGUUGUCAUCGUACCAUUUCCUGGAAAACAAGAGUGCCUAUAGAUGUAAUACUUACAAAUAUGCAUCCUACUUUUAUAUUUUUAAACAAAGAAUACAAAUGCAGAGAAAUGGAUGGCACAGAAUAGAAUUUAGAACCAAGGGCAAAGACCUUCUUGCUAGUUGUCAACUAUCAUACAGAACACAACCUGUCUGUUUCAUUUUGGGGCUGAAAACAUACACAAGGUUUACCUAAUUCAAUUUUAUACAACUAUCGUUUGUUCGGUUUACGGUAUUUUUGAAAGUUAAGGUUUGUCUACAUACCUGGGGGGGAAAAUAAGAGACCACUGCAAAAUUAUUCGUUUCUCUGGUAUUUGCUAUUUAUAGAUCUGUGUUUGAGUAAAAUGAACAUUGUUUUAUUCUAAAAACUACUGACACUUCCCCUAAAAUUCUUAAACAAAAAUAUUGUCUUUUGGUGCAAAUAACUGCUCUACAUGACAACUGGGAAUAAUAAAAAGGAUGCAGUGGUUUCAGAUCUCAAAUAAUGCAAAGAAAACAAGUUCAUAUUCAUUUGUAAACAAUACUUAUGUUUUAACUUGGCAAGAGUUCGGAAUUCAAUAUUUGGUGGAAUUAUCUCCAUUUAUCUUUGUGAAUGACGCAUGAAUCAAGCCACGUACAAGGUUAUCCUGGAAGAAAACUUGCUUCCUUGUGCUCUGACAAUAUUCCCCAACUCUGAGGAUUGUUUUUUCCAGCAGGACAAUGCUCCAUACCACACAGCCAGGUCCAAGGUGUGAACCACUAGAUCAAGACCCUGUCAUGGCCCAAUCUCUAGACCUGAAUCCCAUGUGAUAAAGAGGAAGAUGGAUGGUCACAAGCAAUAAAACUUUUUUGCCAGAUGUGGCAUAAAGUUGCCCAACUGCAAUGUCAGGACGCAUGAAAUUUGUGAUUGAUAAUCAAGAUUAUUCCACCAAAUAUUGAUUUCUGAACACUUCAUAAAUCUAAACAUUAGUAUUGUGGUGUUUAUAAAUUUAUAUGAUCUUGUUUUCUUUGCAUGGGGUCUGUUUUGUUAUUUUGACCAGACAUUUGCUGCAAAUAAAUGCUCUAAAUAAUAUUUGUAAUUGGCACUUGGGAGAAAUGUUAGUAGUUUAUAGAAUAAAACAAAAAUGUUUUAUCCAACCCUGUGUCCGUGUUUCUACCUUAUUUCUUCUGUAUCUGCUACAGAACUAUCAGGGCUGAUUAUCUGAAGUAAAGGGGAGAGAUUUUUCAAAUCCUGGCCAUUAAAAAAUGUUAUAAAGUUUAGACUUGAGACUACCAAGCUAUGAAACUACAAUUUUAAAUGCAAUCCUAUAGGUCUCAGAUUAAAGCUUCUAUCUUUUUAAUUUAUUCUACAUAUGUCUAUAUACAAAUAAACAUUGUGUGAGUUGCUCCUUAAUACUUUAGCUUACUCCUAAAAAUAUAUGUACAAUUUGUGAACCCUAAAUAUUGUGUUAAAGGGACAUUCUGGUCAAAAUUUAUAUGCACUUGAAUUGAAACAUAUUUACAAUAUACAUGUAUUGUCAAAAAUGCUUCUAGUAAAAGUUAUGAUUGUUUUUAUUUUUUUGGUCAGCAUUUUUCUCUGCAUGUGUAAUAUAGCUAGAUAAUCUCAGUGCACCUGCAAUUUAUAUACUGCAGCUGCUCAGAGUGCCAGUGGGGAUUGUAUCAUGUCCGCAAUUAACAAAUUGAGUCAUUACCAGAUAGUACAAUCACUUUAGGAUUACUGAGCAAGUGCUGUGAUUAAAAUGCUUGUGCACGGUGCAUACUUAAAGGGACAUACCACCCAAAAAAAUUUUUAUGAUUUAGAAAGAGAAUGCAAUUUUAAACAUCUUUCAAAUUUACUUAUAUUAUCUAAUUUGUUUUAUUCUCUUGAUAUUCUUUGAUGAAAAGCAUAUCUAGAUAUGCUCACUAGCUGCUGAUUGGUUGCUGCACAUAGAAGCAUCGUGUGAUUGGCUCAUCAUGUGCAUUGUUUUUUCUUCAACUAAGGAUAUUUAAAAAAUGAAGCAAAAUAAAUAAUGGAAGUAAAUUGUAAUGUUGUUUAAAUUUCUAUUCUCUAUCUGAAUCAUGAAAGAAAGAUUUUGGGUUUAGUGGCCCUUUAAAUACAUUUUUGAAACUGCUUUAGCUUUUAUUAUAAGCAUUUUUGUUAAUAUAUGCAUAUUACAAAAAGUUUCUCUAUUCAAAACUAAAAUGCAUCCAUGUGGAUUCAUGUUUUGUCUGGAAUGUCCCUUUAAGACCAGAUAUAUGCAGUAGUCUAAAUUUCUCUGAACCCUCUUGAUUUCAUUUCAUAAUAUACUCAGGUAAGUGGCUGAUAAGUUUAUUUAUUUUUUGCAGCACCACCCUUGUGAAUGGGCUGUUCUCACUAUCUCACCCCCAAAUGGGGCUUCCUUUUGUUUACAUAGUUUUUCUAUAACCAAUAGUGCAGUAUUGACAUUUUCAGUAUUGGUGGCAAUUUCAGCAGCUUCUAUUUCAAAUGCAAAAUAAAGUUAAAGGAACUAUUUGUAAACAUCUUAACACACUCCUCCAAGUAAAAUGGAUAAAAAGGAAUAUAUUUUAGUAUGCUGUCCAUUUAAUUUAUAGAAUAUGCCCAUAGAGAUUUAGUAAUGGCUGGACAUUGUGAUUUCUCAAACAAGUUUCUCAAAUUUAAAACCUCUUUGUAGUGAAUCACUUUGCUUUUUUUACUUGUACCUAACCGGUAUAACUGCUCUGUAUUUGUAAAAGACCAUUCUAAGCAGAAUGGGUGAACAAAUCGGUAAUAAAUACAAGGUCGGCUGCACUCAGAUUAGAUUAUAUUGAAUUAAAAAAACACAAACUGUAAAAUCAGACAUGUAACACACUUUUAAAUCUAUGACUAAACAUUUGAAACAGAAAGAAGCGAGUCAGUUCUUGUGAGUACACCCUUAAUAUCAAUGUAAUUUAAUAUUAAUGAAGUUUGUUUCUUUUGUAAAAUAAGGAUGGUCCACAGUAACAUAUGUGAUAUAUUUCCUGCCACUAGGAGGAGAUCGAGACCUCAUAUCAGAGUUUAAAUCCCUCCCACCUUUGUUCUUGGCCUCGUAGGAGAUGGUAAGAAUAGAGGUUGUUCCAGCUAUUUGCGUAUGGAUUAUAAAUUUGGAGCUCAGACCUACAUGAGACCCAGAGCCCUAUCCCCUGAUUGCAGCAUUUAAUUGAAUUUGUACUAUUCGUGGCAACUUUGCAUUUUAUGAUAGUAUCAUGGGACUACAUUGCAGCUGCUGUGCUGUUCAUAUAUCAUUGUUUAAUUUGUUCUGUAUUUUAAAUAUUUCUCUGACAUUUUUGUUAGCUAUUUUUUUUUUAUAUACGGUAUAUAUAUAUCACAUAUAUUCAUAAGCAUUUCCAGAAUGUAAAACAGGAUCUAAACUACAUGCUGAAAUCUGCUCAUACAGAAGGUUUUUUUUUUCUAAUUCUGAAAAUGAUCUCACUGUAGUUUACUAGUCAGGGGUUAAAAGCUACUAGCCAAGAGGUUACUAUUCCACUUAAUGUGAAAAAUAGAAGAGAGUCAAAUGAUUACUCAUCCGCUGCAAUUUCUAACUUGUCCAGGACUAGAAGAAAUGUGUCUAUAUAUAUAUAUAUAUAUUUAUUUCAUUUUCAACUUGGUAAUAUAUUUUCUUAAACUGCAUUUUAACAUCAUUGUUAUAUCAAACACCUAACAAUGAUUACUUUCCCAAAAUUCAUUAAACAGACCCUUAAGAUAUAUGUUACAUGCUUUCUUAACUGCGCUGGGCUUUAACGCCGUUAGGACAGCAUGGAACGUCCUAGCCAUUUGGCUGUACUGAAGCCAUAGUGGCUUGGUAAAUGGGAUCACGGGCUGGAGGGCGUGUCUAGUAUCAUAGGCACCUCCCCUGACGCGAUUCCAUCAUUGAAAUCACGCAAAUGCAUGAACGAUCGGGUGAUUUAAAUUUAACAUCAGAACUUUGUUCCGAUGUAGACAAAUUAGUCCUGGCAGGAAAGAGUUAAUUGGGCUUGUUUACCUCUCAAUAUAAAUGGACACUAAACUCAAAAGUAAGCUAUAAAUAUGUUAAUCUGUGCCUCCCCCCCCCCCCCCCCUGUACUUUACUUCUGUGUAAUGUUUUUUUUCACUUCCACCAGAAAAAAGGGUUGUUGUUGUAAUGGUCACUCCCACCAGGAAGGCUGGGUGCAUCCCAUGCUUAACUGUGCUGCAGUUUUCCAUGUUACAGAUACCUCUGCAGUCCCUCCGCCUUCACCCGUUUCUAUGUAACUUAUUUGCUACAGAAUGUCGAGACCGGUGAGAUUUAGUGCAUCUGCCACAAUCACAUAGGAACUGGUGAAUUUGAGGAUCCUUCACUUUUUAGUGAACUGCUCCCAGUAAUACUUUAGAUUAGCGCAGGAGCUCAUUAACAUCUGGCAUCUCCUUAACCGCUGAUUACAUUCCAGGGAUACAUAGUUGAAAAACGCUGCAUAUUUCUACCUGGUAGCUUUUGCUAAUGCUGAGAUUUAUGACGUGUAUAUCUUUUUCUUCUCAUUUACACUAUAGUUAGCUGUGAACCAUUACAGAAAGAAAGAGGAAUUCCCCAAAAGAAGAGUUUUAUACCUUUUGUACAUCGUGUGAACUAUGUAACUGGGUCAAAUAUUAUACAUGAUCUAUGUACCGACUAUAUUUCUGGAUUUUUUGUUUAUUUAAAUCCUUUAACUUACAGUAUAUCUUGGCACAAUCUAAACUUUUUUUUUCUUUCUUACCAUGUGUAUAAAAGUAUAACUGGUUUAGCAAAUGUUUAUUUUUCAGUGAAUUAGUAUAAUUUCACUUUGUCCUUCGACAUCCGAUUAAUGCUUUUUCAAACCUAAGUGCUGGUGCCAGAGUUAAUUAAAAUGACUUUUUCAUGUUUUGUUUAUUAGGGGAAUAUUUUUAAUAAAAUGAUAGAACUGUGUGGGCAAUGCCUCUUAGCAGGCGAAAACUUGUCAAAAUUAAUCAGAUGUCUGACAAUGGCCAAAUCGGUGCUUGUAUGAACCAUAUGCACUACCUAAAUGUGAAUGUUUUAUUUGCAUCACUCACAUGACAUAAUACUUCCUGUAUUUUAAAAAAUGCAAAAUAUUCUAUCUGUGACAGCAUAUGCAAUAUACAUAUUACUUUACGUAUUUAUUUCCUAUGUGCAAAACAAGUGACCCUCUAAAAAUGUACAUUUUAUUCCUUUUAAAUGUGAGUUGCUAAUUUAUUAUUUUUCAUAACUUCUAAUUGUGAAGACAAGUAAAGUUUUAGUAUUGAAAUUUUGUUUUCUGUGCAAAUUACACAAAGGCAAAAAGGUGUAAGCCAACUUUUUCCCCUCAUCUUUAGUGUGGGCAAUAAAUACUAGAUACAGCAAAAUGGGGAUUAAACCACA